AUGACCAUCUGUACUGUGCCACAGAGCGACUUUUUGAGCCCAGUGCGUGCCGCUUUUAUGCUCUCGCCAGACGGGACGUUUGCCGUGCACCACUACAUCCACCACAAUGCUAUUUCGAAGAUGCUGCUGCGCCACCACUUUCCAGAGCAGCACGUGCCAAUUGGAUUUGGCAUGGCGCCGUCUACUUCCAAUUAUAUGCUAGAGAGGCUGCAAAAAUAA